AUGUGCCUGUCGCAGGCCCCAGCAUCAGAGGUGCCGCGUCUGCUUCUCUGCCACGGCGAACACGCUACCGUGACCAGUCGGUACUGGGAGGCGUACCGUCACAUGGCACGGGCGCUUCGCAUUGACGCCUCGCUGAGUGCGUCGCUGCAACCGCACCUUUCAGCCGCCGUCGCCGCGAUGGAUGCGAUGCGUCGCCCAACAACGACGACGAUCACGGCGGUGGAGGUGCGACCGGCGCUUCCCGUCGAGGCGGCGGCGCAGGUCGGCGUGUUCGCGGCGGACGACAUGGCGCCCUCCGCCGUGGUCGUGCACGAGCGCGCCUUCGCGGUUGGGUACCACGGCAUUGGCGGGGACGGGCCGCCGCCGCUCUGCGUGGCGUAUGCCGCGAGUUACCGCGAGCGACACGCACGCUACGAGUGCGACCCUUUGCGGCUGCUCGCCGGCCUCGCCUCGGCCUUCCACGCGGGUAUUGCGCUGGUGAUGCACGUCGUCACGAAAUGGAGCGGCUACAAGACGCAGGUGGCGGGGCACGAGGCCCCGGCGAGGUUGGCGCGGAACGCAAACGUCCCUGCCGACGCAUACGACGGGCUUCGCGUCGACUUGGAGGGGCGGUGUGCGCCGUGCCACUACCUCUCGCAACUCUUCAAGAAGGGGCCGAAGCACCCGCAUUGCCACGCUUCCGUGGCCCAGUACGCCUGCACCUCUCGCACGGCGGAAGCACGGAACGCGCCGCCGCUGCCAUGGCUCACCAUGUCGCACGUGGAGCUGCAGCGGCAUGGCGCACACUACCGGCGACCGUCCUGA